AUGACCGGCCGCUGGCGAGGCGGCUCGGCGGGGCCGCUGGGCAUCGCGUUGCAAGCGGGGCACUCUGAGGACAACCAGCAGGUGGUGCGGCUGUUGCUCGAGCACGUGCUGCGUAACCCGCCGGCCGACGACCGCACAGGCUGGCCACCCGCUUGGGCCGAGUACGCUGACGGCGCGGCGGUGCAGGCGGAGCGGCUGAGGCUGGCGGCACGCGCGGCCAACGAUAACGCCUCCCUCUCGCGCGCCUACCGGCAUGGCCUCACCUCGGCCAGCACGGCGGUGCAGCGGCUGCUCGAGCUGCCCGGCAUCGACAUCGAUGCCCUCGAGCCCAUCGGAGGCUGGUCGGCGCUCGCGCACGCGGCGAGCCAGGGCGACGCGCCCGAGGUGGCCUUCCUGCUCUCUAAGGGCGCGCGCGGCUCCGCCGAGGCGAGCGCGAGGGUGCGGCGCGGCCGCGACGCCCUCGCUGAGGCUUUCCGCGGUGGGCACAACGCCGUGGUCGAGCUGCUGCUGGCGACGCCCACUUGCGCGCCGUCGGAGGAGGAGGCGCUCGCGUGGCGGAAGCUCAACACGACGGGGCGCUGGCUCGGCCGUGCCGCGUGCCUCGACUCGGCCGAACAGGUGCGCAAGUGGCUGGUCUUCGCCGAGAGCAACAAGAGCCCGCAGGAGCGGAGCGAGGCCCUCGAGUACCGAGGCUCUGACAGGUUCACCGCGAUGCACUUCGCGGCGCGCCACGGCUCGAUCGCGGUGGUGGCGCUGCUGCUGCGCGCCAGCGCCGACCCUUUCGCCAAGGACGUCUACGGCAAGUUCCCGCACCACUACGCGCGGCUCUACCGUCACGAGGCCGUGCUCCGGCUGCUGCCCGCGCUCAGCCCGGAGCAAGAGGAGCAGCUGACAAACGACGAGGAGCGCGCCAUCCGGGCGGAGCAGGAGCGCUGGCGGCGGAUGGCCGCGCUCGAGGGCCUGAUCUGGAUGUGA